AUGGGCGAGAACGACGCGGCGCUCCGGGCCGGCGGCAGGGGGCUCUCAGGCCCGUGGGCGGACUCCGCGGGGGUGCGGCCCCGCACCUCCGAGCGCCACAUCACGGUGCACAAGCGGCUGGUGCUGGCCUUCGCUGUGUCCAUCGUGGCGCUGCUCGCGGUCACCAUGCUCGCCGUGCUCCUCAGCCUGCGCUUCGACGAGUGUGGGGCGAGCGUGCCGUCCGGCGCCGACGGCGGCCCGGCCGGCUUCCCGGCGCGCGGCGGCAACGAGAGCCUUCCGGGCUCGGCCCGACGGAACCAGCACGCCGGCGGGGACUCCUCGCAGCCCGGGGCAGGCGCGGAGGCCACCUCUGAGACCCCGUCCGCCCAGCCGCCGUCUGGGGAGGAGCGCGAGCCGGGGCAGCCGUGGACGCAGCUGCGCCUGUCCGGCCACCUCAAGCCGCUGCACUACAAUCUGAUGCUCACCGCCUUCAUGGAGAACUUCACCUUCUCCGGGGAGGUCAACGUGGAGAUCGCGUGCCGGAACGCCACUCGCUACGUCGUGCUGCACGCCUCCCGGGUGGCGGUCGAGAAGGUGCAGGUGGCCGAGGACCGGGUGGCCGGGGCGGUCCCGGUGGCCGGCUUUUUCCUCUACCCACAAACCCAGGUCCUGGUGGUGGUGCUGAAUAGGACUCUGGACGCGCAGAGGAAUUACAAUCUGAAGAUCAUCUACAACGCCCUGAUCGAGAACGAGCUCUUGGGCUUCUUCCGCAGCUCCUACGUGCUCCACGGGGAGAGAAGAUUCCUUGGUGUUACUCAGUUUUCACCUACACAUGCCAGAAAGGCAUUUCCUUGUUUUGACGAGCCAAUCUACAAGGCUACUUUCAAAAUCAGCAUCAAGCAUCAAGCAAGCUAUUUAUCUUUAUCCAAUAUGCCAGUGGAAACUUCUGUGUUUGAGGAAGAUGGAUGGGUUACGGAUCACUUUUCACAGACCCCUCUCAUGUCCACAUACUAUUUAGCCUGGGCAAUUUGCAACUUCACAUACAGAGAAACUACCACCAAGAGUGGGGUUGUAGUACGCUUGUAUGCAAGACCCGAUGCUAUCAGAAGAGGAUCCGGGGACUAUGCGCUCCAUAUAGCAAAGAGAUUAAUAGAGUUUUAUGAAGACUACUUUAAAGUGCCCUAUUCCUUGCCAAAACUAGAUCUUUUAGCUGUGCCUAAGCAUCCAUACGCUGCUAUGGAGAACUGGGGACUGAGUAUUUUUGUGGAACAAAGGAUACUUCUGGAUCCCAGUGUGUCGUCUAUUUCUUAUUUGCUGGAUGUCACCAUGGUCAUUGUUCAUGAGAUAUGUCACCAGUGGUUUGGUGACCUCGUGACCCCCGUGUGGUGGGAAGACGUGUGGCUGAAGGAAGGCUUUGCUCACUACUUUGAGUUCGUUGGUACAGACUACCUCUAUCCUGGCUGGAACAUGGAAAAACAGAGGUUUCUGACGGAUGUUCUACAUGAAGUGAUGCUGCUUGACGGCUUAGCCAGUUCCCAUCCAGUAUCACAGGAAGUGCUGCGGGCAACAGAUAUUGACAGGGUGUUUGACUGGAUCGCAUAUAAAAAGGGUGCUGCUUUAAUUAGAAUGCUGGCUAAUUUUAUGGGCCAUUCAGUAUUUCAAAAGGGUUUGCAAGAUUACUUAACUAUUCAUAAGUAUGGCAAUGCAGCCAGGAAUGAUCUCUGGAAUACACUAUCAGAGGCUUUAAAAAGGAAUGGAAAAUACGUAAAUAUACAAGAAGUAAUGGAUCAGUGGACUCUCCAGAUGGGUUAUCCCGUUAUCACCAUCUUGGGAAAUACAACAACUGAAAAUAGAAUAAUAAUUACCCAGCAGCAUUUUAUUUAUGAUAUCAAUGCUAAAACUAAAGCACAUGAACCUCAAAAUAACAGUUACCUGUGGCAGAUUCCAUUAACUAUUGUGGUAGGAAAUAGAAGCCAUGUGUCUUCAGAAGCAAUUAUUUGGGUGUCUAACAAAUCAGAACACCAUAGGAUAACUUUGGACAAAGGAAGCUGGUUGCUGGGGAACAUCAAUCAAACUGGCUAUUUUAGAGUCAACUAUGAUUUAAGGAACUGGAGAUUAUUAAUUGAUCAAUUAAUCAGGAAUCAUGAGCUUCUCUCUGUCAGCAACCGAGCAGGUUUGAUCGACGAUGCCUUCAGCCUAGCCAGAGCUGGGUAUUUGCCUCAGAAUAUUCCCCUGGAGAUUAUCAGAUACCUGUCUGAGGAAAAGGAUUUUCUUCCUUGGCAUGCUACCAGCAGAGCUCUUUAUCCUCUAGAUAAAUUACUGGACCGCAUGGAGAAAUACAACGUCUUCAAUGAAUAUAUUUUAAAGCAAGUUGCAACAACAUACAUCAAGCUUGGUUGGCCAAAAAACAAUUUUAAUGGAUCUCUUGUCCAAGCGUCCUACCAACAUGAAGAACUACGUAGAGAAGUUAUAAUGCUGGCAUGUAGUUUUGGCAACAAACACUGUCACCAACAAGCAUCAACACUUAUUUCAGAUUGGAUUUCCAGCAAUAGGAACAGAAUACCACUAAAUGUUAGAGACAUCGUCUACUGUACAGGAGUUUCACUACUGGAUGAGGAUGUCUGGGAAUUCAUAUGGAUGAAAUUCCACUCUACCACGGCCAUUUCUGAAAAGAAAAUAUUAUUGGAAGCCUUAACUUGCAGUGAUGACAGGAAUUUAUUAAAUAGGCUUCUAAAUCUAUCACUGAAUUCUGAGGUGGUUCUGGAUCAAGAUGCAAUUGAUGUGAUAAUCCAUGUAGCUCGAAAUCCACAUGGCCGAGACCUUGCCUGGAAGUUUUUUAGAGAUAAAUGGAAGAUAUUAAAUACCAGGUAUGGAGAAGCAUUAUUUAUGAAUUCCAAACUUAUCAGUGGUGUUACAGAAUUUCUUAAUACUGAAGGUGAACUGAAAGAGCUAAAAAACUUCAUGAAGAGCUAUGACGGAGUAGCUGCUGCCUCUUUCUCAAGAGCUGUGGAAACUGUUGAAGCCAAUGUACGCUGGAAAAUGCUUUAUCAGGAUGAGCUUUUCCAGUGGUUAGGAAAAGCUCUGAGACAUUAA